CUCCUUCGGCAGCGCUGACUUUUGCGCGUUUGCGCGUUGGAAGAGCCUCAUUUCCUGAUUGAGUUGUCGCUGAUAGGAAUAAAAAUGUGAUCGCCCACGCCGACAUUUGUUCGUCACCUUGCCCCACGAAUAUUCAUCACGACCAUCGCUAAGUCGUCCAAGAUGUUCAAGCAGCGAUCUCACGAGACCCAUCACAACACCCACGUCCCGCAGAUCAAGGCUAACCCCGGUGAAUACACCGUCGCUGUUCUCGGCGACAGCCUCUUCGAGCGCUUCAAGACCACGGGCCGAAUGCUGAGCAUCAACAAGGACUCGCGUAUUCUCAACCUCGGUGUUGGCGGCGACAAGAUCUUGAAUGUGCAGUAUCGCAUGGAUCAAGGUCUCUUGCGUCUUCUGAAGCCGCAUCAGCCUAACAUCAAGACUAUGUACAUCCACAUGGGAUCCAACAAUCUCAAGAAGCAGGGCCUUCGAAAGGGCGACGCUGAUGCCUAUGGCGCGGUGGUCAAGCAGUUGCGGAGUGAGUUUCCUGACAUGACUGUUGUAAUCACUGCGUUGUUCAUCCAGCGUGGUUUGGAGCUUGAUGUGAUUGAGGAUGCGAACGCCAAGCUCAAGGCCAUUGCUGAUGAGCAUGGAUGUGCUUUCUUGCCUUUCGGGGAUGAUCAGGAGGGUAUUAUGAGUGAGGACAAUGUUCACUUGAACCAGUUUGGGUAUCACAAGUGGAACGAGAUCCUCACCAACGACAUGAACAGCCGUUGAGCAGCGUGCUUGCCGCAACUCGAUGAAGACGAAAGAAACAGGAGUGGUCAGAGGACUACCAUGCAUUUGAACUUUGAAGCAAGCGAGCCAUCAUGUCAACAGAAACGCAAGGAUAUACCUGAAGUAUGUUGUUCUUUGUGGAAGGUUGGGGUUGCCUUGAAGGAAACACGAUCAUGGAUAUGGCACCACUCUAUCGGGGUGAAGUGUCGGCAAAGUAUCAGACACAUUGCAGUCUUGUAUUUCAAUCCUAGGCUAGAAAUCCCAUGGCCUUAUUGAAAUUUACUCCUGUGUCCUCCCC